AUGCUCUUCAAAGCCCUCCCCCUCGCCGCCUUGGUCUCCGUCGCCUUCGGCCUACCCGCUCCGCAACAGCAGCAGCCACCCAACAUAACCCCAGGCGCCGCAGUCCCAACCGACCUCCCCCGUCCGGGAGGCGAGCACCCGAAGAGCGGCGCCGGCGCUGCUGUGUUUGCUGUCGGCAGCGGUAGCUUCACCGGGCUGCCGAGCGGGUUCCCGACGGCGCUUCCCAGCGGGUUCCCGGGCGACUUUGGCCCCGGCCCCGGCCCUCAGAGCGGUUUCCCCAGCGCUUUCCCCAGCGCUUUCCCGAGCGCUUUCCAGCGCACGGGCACUCCUACCGGUCCUCCUCCCAGCGGCUUCCCCACGAACCACCCGACCGGCCUCCCUUCCGGGUUCCCUACCGACGGUUUCCCCGCUAGCGGCGCUCCCGCGGUUCCCUCCAGCUCCGCCUAG